GCCGCAGCGGACUGCCCUUCCCCAAGAUGGCGUCGAAGAUGGGUUCGCGAAGGUGGAUGCUGCAGCUGAUCAUGCAGUUGGGUUCAGUGUUGCUCACACGCUGCCCUUUCUGGGGCUGCUUCAGUCAGCUCAUGUUGUACGCUGAAAGGGCCGAGGCGCGCCGGAAGCCCGACAUCCCAGUGCCCUACCUGUACUUCGACAUGGGGGCGGCAGUGUUGUGCGCUAGUUUCAUGUCUUUUGGAGUGAAGCGCCGCUGGUUCGCGCUGGGGUCCGCACUCCAGCUGGCCAUUAGCACCUACGCCGCCUAUAUCGGGGGCCACGUACACUACGCGGACUGGCUGAAGGUCCGUAUGUACUCACGCACAGUUGCCAUCAUUGGUGGCUUUCUUGUGUUGGCCAGCGGCGCUGGGGAGCUGUACCGACGGAAACCCCGCAGCCGCUCCCUCCAGUCUACCGGCCAGGUGUUCCUGGGCAUCUACCUCAUCUGUGUGGCCUACUCACUGCAGCACAGCAAGGAGGACCGGCUGGCAUACCUGAACCAUCUCCCAGGAGGGGAGCUGAUGGUCCAGCUGUUCUUCAUACUGUACGGUGUCCUGGCCCUGGCCUUCCUGUCAGGCUACUACGUGACCCUGGCUUCCCAGAUCCUGGCUGUACUGCUGCCCCCAGUCAUGCUGCUUAUUGAUGGCAACGUUGCCUACUGGCACAACACGCGACGCGUUGAGUUCUGGAACCAGAUGAAGCUCCUUGGAGAGAGUGUGGGCAUCUUCGGGGCUGCUGUCAUCCUGGCCACUGAUGGCUGAGUUGCAUGGCAAGAGGGUGAGAUGGGUGCAGGGAACCACAAGUUCACCCUGCCUUCCUCCUUGCUGGCCCAGUUAUGUUUGUUUAUGCUUUUUGGUCUGUUUGAUUCUUUGCUUUUUUUGUGUGUUGGUAAGAGGCAGGUUUCUUCCCCAGGUCCUGGGCUCAGCCCUUGUGGGGGUGGGACCCCUGAUGAUGCCUUGCAGGGUUGUUUUUUUUUUUCUCCUGUUUGUUAGGAGAGAACAGGAAGCCAGCUUCUCCCCUGGGUCUCCUGUCCCAGAGAAGGGAGUGAGGCAGGCCUAGGGCAGGGGUACUGAGAGUGGGAGACUGAGGAAGGAAGACCGAGAACCCCACGUGAGCAGACAUGGAAAAUUCCUUUUUGAACCUGGCAGAUGCAGCUAGGCUCUAGUGCUUCUUGGAGGCUGAGAGUGAGUAUGUGAUUGACAAAUGGAUUAGACCCAGGAGGAACAGAGGGGCUGGGCACCACAGAAGUCAUGUGGGUUCUCAGGGUAUGCCAGGGACAGAAACAGCACUAUCUGCUGCCCACCUUGAGAGUAGAGCAGGCCCCAGUCUACUCGGAUGUGCAGGGGUGGGGCAGGUAGUGGCCAGCUUCCUGCCUCCUGCCUUCUGUUUCUAACUCCAUGGUUGGCCUGGUGGGGCUGAGGGCUCUCCCAAACACCAGACCACACAGUCCUCCAAAAAUAAACAUUUUAUAUAGUCA